AUUAAAUAUUAUUUUGUUUUGUAUAUAAUUCUGUACACCACAAUUUUAUAUCUGGACAGAGAUAGUAGUAACUAGAAAUGAAUGGUAGAGGAUGUAAAAGGGGUAAACGUGUGAUUAUACUAGUUGUCUUUUGCGCUAUUUUAAUUUAUUUCAUAUUUCUACGCAAGAGCAAAAAAAGCACGGAUGACAUAUAUAGAGGAUUUGAUUUUUCGAGUCUUCAGAUAAACCGCCAGCACUAUGCUCAGCUUCUUCCAAAUGCACUUAAGAAGGCAUCCACACAAAAGUUUAUUUUACUUUGGUAUCCACCGGAAAACAACACAGUUCAGUAUUCAUUGGAUCCUAAUAUCUGCGGAAGCUGUAAAAUAAUUCAAAAUCGAUCAGAGAUCAACAACUCUCUCACAGCAGCUGUUGUUUUUGAUUCUAAAAAGAUUUCUCCCAGUACGAUGCCGCCAUCACCACAAAGACGUCAAAACAAGCUAUUUAUAUAUUGGAUCACAGAAUCUCCACUGACAUUAGCUGAAAAACAUGGCAAAAACUUUGAUUUUGAUGAAAAAUAUCAUUUCAACGCAACCAUGGGAUACAGACGCGACGCUGAUUUUCAUUUUCCUUACGGAGUUCUUAGGCGAAAAGGAAAUCAAAUCCAUAGUAUAGUGGAAAAGAAAUCUCGAUUGGCGAUGGUAUUCAUUUCAAAUUGUAAUAAUACCAAAGGAGCCGAGUUAAGACUGCGAAAAAUUGAAGAACUGAUCGAUCACGGUCUAAAAUUGGACGCAUAUGGUGAUUGCUUUCCUGCAAAAAAAGAUUCGAGUAGUCUGAAUGAUGAAGAUAUUACCCAAUCAUAUAAAUAUUACCUUGCUUUUGAAGAUUCACAUCACUGUAAAGAUUAUAUUACGAGCGACUUUUAUAGAAACUUGGAAACUGGCGUGGUACCGGUAGUCUGGGGAGCGAAAAGACAGGAUUAUGAAAAAGUUGCUCCGCCUGAUUCAUUUAUUCACAUAGAAGAUUUUCAGUCCGCAAUGGAUUUAGUGGAUUACCUCACAUAUCUGGACCACAACGAUACAGCUUAUUCACAAUAUUUUAGAUGGCGAGAAGUCGUGAAAGACGAUCAUCCAAUGGGAGUUAGAAAAGUGGGAUUUUGUCAACUCUGCAGAGAAAUUCAUGGUAUUCACGUCGAUGAUGUUCACAAAGACAAAUUUGACCCAUCUAAAAUGUAUCGGCCAUUAUUCUCGGGACAUAUGCUAAGUCGAAAUCUAUAUUCUUUGAAAAAGUGGCUUUUAGACGAAGAAAAUUCAGAGUGCUCACCAGGAUUUGUAAUCGAUUCACAAAACAUAAAGUAGUGACAAUGGUGUAGUUCAGAUAUCUCACUGUGAACUAUUUGUCGCCCGAAUUUGUUCGGGGUUUGGCCCGAAUUUGUCCGGUUUGUCGCCUUUUAAUUAAUGAUUAAUAAAAAUGAAAACAAACUGUGUAUGGAUAAGAAUCGACAUCACUGACACUAUUUAAAUUACACAGAUCUCAUUUUCAAUUCAAUUCAAUAUGACUGCGCUUGACAUUCUAACCCUGGUCUUUAUUUUCAUGCAGACAUUAUAACUUUAUUUACUUUCGCUAGUACAAUGAACAAAGUCGUGCGCUCCCGAAGUAUGAGCACCAAGAUGGCGCACAACCUGAACCCUAACCUGUUAAACAUACUUAGUUCAGGUUGUGUGCCAUCUUGGUCCACAUACUUCUGGAACUCCCAAAGUGUGAGCACCAAGAUGGCGCACAAACUGAACCCUAACCUGUUAAACAUACUAUGUUCAAGUUGUGUGCCAUCUUGGUCCACAUACUUCUGGAACUCCCAAAGUCGUAUAUUAUGACGUUUCAGAUCAGCCUAACAUGCAUAUACUUAUUCAUAACGCUGUGGGUUUAAUAGUCGGGACGGCGAUAAAAGCUCUCAUUGCCGAAAUUACUUUUUGAACAAAACUGAACAAUAGUUUCAUUAAAUGUAAGUAAAUGGGGGAUGGCUGUCUUUAUAUACCUAACGUCUACAGUUUAAUGGCCUAUUUUAAAAUCGAUAACCGGAAAAUGAAUUUUCAGAUAUAUUAUAAUGAAAUGUCGACUUUUGUGCAGUGCAAUGGAUGUGACGUUUUAGUGCGUACCAAUUCCAAGUUCUUUGGAGUAGUAAUCCGUGAAAGAUGUCCACAAAUAUGUCUGUCAAUAAAUAGAUAUGCAACACGAUUUUUUCAAGACUGGUGUUUUCUAUGCAAUAUAAGAGUCUCGCUGCACACUAACACAAAUGUAUUUCUGUAACGUUUCGUUUAACCAAAAUCAGACAAGCAGUUUCCAACAAUUAUUUAAUCGCCUGUUAACUGGUGUUUUCUUGCGUAAUUCAUUAGGUGGUCGCAAACAAACUGUCUUUUUUAUCCUUGCCUAACGUUUAUUAUCGAGACGAUAGAUAUUCGAACAAUGGAUGAUUAUACUGGAGAAACUGAUAGUCUUUUUGAGGUUGUACAAGCAAUUGGAUAAUUCUUAAUAUGUACAAGUUAAACAAUAUAGUACUGGAUGUCAACAUUCAAUC